ACCAAAUUGCCAAUAUUUUUACUAAAAAAACUAAUAUGAACCCGGUGCACACUAACUUAGUGUGCACCCGAUCCAUAUCACGUGAGUUUAUUGCCUUUUCAGUUUUUCGCGCGCAUAUCUUCUAAUAUUUUCUCUCUCCUCAGAUUUGUUCAGAAACUGUCUUGUUUCAUCUUUUCUCUUGUCAUAACCUCCUCCCACUAACUUCUGCCCUAAGUUCUUCAGUUUCUCUCUCUUAAAGUUCAGUUUUGUGUAAUCUCUCUCUGCCAUAAUUUUUUCAUUUUGAGUUCUGGUAAAAUUUGAAUUUAGCGAUGGGAAAGAAGACGCUUGGUAACGGAAAUGCUGCAAAACGUAGAGGUUUGCGUUCAUCGCUUGGUCUUGGCGAUGGUGCAAAAGUUUCGGAGGUUACUGGUGCAAAAGUUCCGGAGGUUACUGGAACUUCUCACACUGAUGAGCACAUUGGAGAGCAGGAUAGAAGAAGUGAUCCUGGUGUUAGUGAAGGAACUAAUGUUGGUAAAAUGAUUGUAAUACGAGAAGUACCAAAAGUCAUGAAGAGGGUAAGAGAUGCAAGUCUGAAUCAAACCUUGCUAUCUAUGAAGAAGAAGAAAAUAUCCAGUGUUCCUCAAGAAAAUACAUUAAACCCGUUCAGAACUAAUUGCUGUGGUAAAAGGCUUUGUGAGUUGAAUGAAGCUUUUACUUCUGAGCAGAAAAAAGCUGUUACUGAAAUAGGUUUUGGUUCUUUGUUGCAUUUGAAGAUUACGAGGACUAACAAUGCUUUGAGUGCAUGGUUGGUGGAUAGGUUCGAUGGUGGUUCGGGGAUGUUUAAGGUGGGUUAUGGGAAAGAGUUCAAAGUGAACCAAUAUGAUGUUUAUGAUGUCUUUCAGUUCCCUAUGGUCGAAGGACAGGAUGUGCUGGAUGUCUCUAGGGGACCUAAUGCGGAUAAUCCGCAUUUUGAUUUAAAAGCAAGUUGGAGGGAGUAUUUUAAAGUUGAUCGGGAGAAAGGUCAGAUUGGUUUGAGUGCUGUAUAUUCUGAGCUAAAGAAGUUAGUGGAUGGUGGGGAGGUGUUUAAAAAGCUUUAUGUUUUAUUUGCCUUUUCCUCUUUUUUAGCUCCAGUUACAAAUAACACGCUUGAUUUGCGACUUGUUCUAGCUGUACAUGAGGUUCAGAAAAUUCCUCAUUACAAUUGGUGUAAAUAUAUUUUGGGUAGAUUGAUGUAUGCAAAUGUUCUGUUCAAGAACUCGAUGUGGUCUAAUGGUACGAAAUAGGAGAGUACCAAGACUAUUAAGGAUGGCUAACAUGAUCAUUCUUAUUCUAGAUGUAGUAUCACCUAUUCUACCUAACAAGAUCCGUUGGAUAUGGCUUAUAUCUUGGUUUAGGAUCAAGUGUUACAAGUUUUAUUAAAGUACUAAUCUUAAUUACAACAAAGGAGAGCUUCAUGGAUUAAAGAUUAGUGCUAGUUCGAUCAUGCUAAGUAACAAAGGAGGAGAAACUAAGUGAAGAAGCAAGCAGCUGCCCAAGGGUGUUGGUGAGGUGUGUGCUUGAGGUGCUUAUGUUUAAUUAGUGUUAGUUUAGUCCUAAACAUGCUUUACUUGCACUAAUUGUAAUAGUUAAACACUUAGCUCCUAAAAUCAGUUUUUGUAACACUUAACAUGUAUUUCGGUUUUCCUUUACUUAGCUUAGGAUGUAAUUGUGUGCCAAGUUGGUUGUCCAAGUGUAUGCUGCAGCAAUCAUGAGUUUCCUUGAAGGGAGGAGUCUUUACUUAAAGGAAAUCAUCUUAUUGGACCUCUAAAAGAAGCUACACAUUCAAGGGAAGCUAGGAGGAGCUACGGCAGCCCCUUAGAGAAGCUUUGGCUUUCUUUUGCUUUGUUUAAUCCCCUUAGUGUGUAUUAGCUUAGUUUUUGCUAUAGUAAGUGUUUUAGCUAUGUACUAUAUAUAUGUAACUUGGAACAUGAAUGAAAAGAAGAUUGGAAUGUUGAAA